AUGACGAUCGUCGGAAGCUACAACACUGGUGUUGAAAAUAAAAAGAUCUUUGAAGUUAUAACAUUAGUGUUUGGUAGUUACGAGCGGCCUACAACAUUGGUGUCAGAAGUAAAACUUUUAAUAGAUCGAAGCUACAUUAGCGAUCGCAAGUCAAUCCUUCCCACGGGUGAUUUCGACUGCGAUGCACCUGAUAAUUACGACGCACGUGAUAUCUGCGACGCCCGUGACAAGUGUGACGCACGUACAACUGUGAUGCAGGCGACAACUGCGAUGCACGGGUUGACGUGCAGAAAGACACAAACUGGUGACAGACGAUAUUCAAGCUUCGAAAUAACCCCUACAAAAUGCACCUGGAACAACAGCUUGGUUCUCGUCUACCUGGAUGAUGACAUCAAUGACGGCUUCAUUGCUGAUGAGGAUGAGAUUUGCAUCAACGACAAAUUUUAA